AUGUUACGAUUCAACCCUAUGCAAAGGAUAGCAUUCACCUUAAGGGGUGGGAAUAUAGGAGUAUCUCCCAUAAGGGCGAUGACCAUGAGACGAACUCCAUCACUUCCGUUCAAAUCAAACAUAUUUAAACGAUUCCAAUCAUCUACUAUUAAGCCACCACCUGUUACUCCACCAAAGGAACCAACUGGAGUCAAAGCUUUGGUUAAGAAGUAUGGUGUUUCUGCUUUAGGUGUGUAUUUGGCCUUGACUGCUAUUGAUUUACCUAUCUGUUAUGUAGUGGUUCAUUCGGCUGGUAAGGAUCAAAUUGAAUAUUAUGAGAAUAAAGCAUUUCAAACGUUUGGAUAUGGAGUAAGUGAAGAAGAAUUAAAGGAAAAGCAAAGACUCAGAAGAAUUGAAGAGGCGGAAAGUGCUGAUAAAGAAGAUAAAUCAUCUAAGACUGGUGUUUUCAAUUACCUUUUAUCUCAAUUUUCAUGGACUGAAUUUGCUAUAGCUUAUGGUAUUCAUAAAUCAUUAAUCUUUAUAAGAUUACCUAUCACCGCCGCCAUUACUCCUGGUAUUGUGAGAAUAUUAAGAGGAUGGGGAUUCAACAUUGGAGCUGGUGGUGUCACUGCUGCUGCUUCUGCUGCGGCUAAGAAGAUCAAUCCUAAUGAUGUUACUGCCAAUUUAAAUCCAAAAUUUGGUACUAGACCAGAUCGUAAAAAGAAAUGGUUUGCAGGAUUCUUUUAA